AUGGGAUUCUGGAAGAGACUCACAGAAUUUCUAUUCGUCAGCGGAGAAUAUUACAACCAAUUCAGAUUUACUUCUGAUUACUCGAACAUUAGCGCUAUCGACAAGGUAGUCGACGUGUUUGAUCCCGACUCCAUUGUUGGUGGUGCCUGUAACACGCCAAGCAACCGAUCCUGCUGGUCUCCAGGCCAUGACAUCACCACCGACUAUGAGGACGUUGUUCCGGAGGGUGUAACGCGCAAGUUCUAUCUCGAGGUGAGCAAUGAAAGAAUUGCUCCUGAUGGAUACAUGGUGGACCGCAUGCUCUUCAAUAAGACAUAUCCUGGCCCGACUUUGGAAGGAAACUGGGGUGAUACCUUUGAAAUCACCGUCAAAAAUAACCUCAUAAACCACAACGGAACUUCAGUUCAUUGGCAUGGCCUCCGACAGCUGAACACCAAUUGGAUGGACGGUGUUUCAGGUGUGACUGAAUGCCCGAUCCCACCUGGUGAGAAGAUGACAUACCGCUGGAGAGCUACUCAGUAUGGAACUUCCUGGUACCAUAGUCAUUUUAGUCUCCAAUAUGCCGAUGGAUUGUUGGGCGCAAUCAAGAUCAAUGGACCAACGAGCAUGAACUAUGACGUUGAUCUUGGUCCUGUACUCAUCACCGAUCAUUUCCACAAAACGGCCUUUUCUCAGGUCAUGCUCGAGUACUUGGGACGGCCUCCGCCGCCGGACAGCUUUUUGAUGAACGGCAAUGGCACAUACUACUGCUGUCCAAAGACUGACUCAGCUUGCACAGGUCAUUCUAAGUUAACAUCCUUUAACUUUGAAAAAGGCAAGAAAUACAAAAUGAGUCUUGUAAAUACAGGGGUCUCAACACACAUGACCUUCUGGAUCGACAACCAUACCUUCUCCGUUGUUGGUACCGACUUUGUCCCCAUCAAGCCUUACAACACCUCUAUUCUCAAUAUCGCUAUUGGCCAGCGCUACGAUAUUAUUAUCGAGGCCAAUGCUACACUCCAUGAUUCAGCCAACUCCAAACGCACAAACUUCUGGAUGCAUGCUCGGGACUGCAACAAUGGAGGCGCCCGCUCCAAUCUAGGUAUCAUACGCUAUGAUGAAAAAAACCAAAAGAUUCCUUGGACUCCCCCUCCGGACGAGAAGCAUCUCUGCUACGGAUGCCUCGACGAGCUGAGCGCAAAUCUUCAACCUAUUGUCAAACGGGAUAUCUCCGUCGCAGCCAACUUGGACUAUCAGAAAGAUUCCUUCAAAGUGCAUCUCGUAGGAUACCCUGAUGAUACCAUUGAAAACUCAGUAUUGCAUAAAUGGGUUCUCAAAGACUCGUCAUUCUAUCUUGAUUGGGCUGAGCCUAGUUUGAGCCUCGUCAAGGUAGCAUAUGAGAAGAAUUGGCAUGAUCCAAAGUGGCCUAAAGGUUACGAGCCGGUUAAUUUGGAGUAUAAAAACGGUAGCUGGGUCUACUUCUUGAUUGAAGGUAAGUUUCAGGAUUCGUUAGACCACAUGCCUGGACAACACAAGAUCUACAAGACACAGGCUCCUGUCGCUCAUCCAAUGCAUAUCCACGGCCACGAUUUUGUGGUUCUUGCUACUGGGACAAAUGAGUUUGAUCCGGCAAAUGUCACUCUGCAAACUGCGAACCCGCCCAGACGCGACGUGGCACUACUACCCGUCGAUGGCUACCUAAUUAUCGCUUUUCAAAUUAACAACCCCGGUGUUUGGCUUAUGCAUUGCCAUAUUGCUUGGCAUGCUAGUGGUGGACUGGCACUUCAGUUUGUUGAGUCUCCGAGAGAGAUUGGACCUGCAUUUCAGAACUCUGGCAUUGUCCCAAAAUACUCUGAACAAUGCAACAACUGGGCUGCGUAUUACACAAUGUUCAAUAAGAAUGAGAAUGCGACGCAGGAGGAUUCGGGUAUUUGA